AUUUUUUUCUUUCGGGAAGGUGUGAACCCGUAUCGAACCUCUAAUGCGGCUGACCUUAGGUUAAAGAGAGGUUCAUUAUUUCUCCGCCCGAAUAGUAGUAGUACGUCAGGAUUCGUAGCUCAGAGGAAGAAAGAAAGAAAGAUGAGUGGAAGUGGAGAUAAAGUUGUUGGAACCACAAAGACACCUGCUGAUUUCCUCAAAUCCAUCCGUGGGAGACCCGUUGUUGUCAAACUCAACUCUGGUGUUGAUUAUCGAGGCAUUCUUGCUUGUCUUGAUGGGUAUAUGAACAUAGCAAUGGAGCAGACAGAGGAGUAUGUCAACGGCCAGCUCAAGAACAAAUACGGUGAUGCCUUUAUCCGUGGAAACAAUGUUCUUUACAUCAGUACAGUGAAGGGACCCUUGGCGGACGGAGCUUAGACACUGCUUGAUGCAUCAUCAUUCUUCCAAAGAGACUACUUGAUGCAUGUAUCGCAAAUGUUUGGUUUUUUUUCUUAAAUGAUUUUGUGAUAAGCAUGGUAAUAGCAGCCGUCAUUUAUUUGCCAGGUUGAUGAUGGAUGAUCCAGGAUUAAAAAUUACCAAACAAAUUACUCGAUAUCAUUUCAAAAUAAACUAGUAGCAAACUUUCAAUUAGCUAAGAUGAAACCCAGUAUCAUUAAAAAUUAAACUAAUCUCCCGCACUAUGUCGUUUCUCAAGUCAUCUUUGUAUAACUUUUAAUUACUCAGUGAGCAAUUGUGUACUUGUUUUGGCAGAAA